GCCAUCACAAGCCUCCCAACUCCGUCUCAUUAGGUACCUGUAUCGCAUGCGACUAACUCAACUUAGUGGCUCGGUUAUAGCGCGGGUGACACCAUCCAGGCAGUCAUAUAAAUUUGAAUCUCCGCAGAUAUUGAUCAAGUUAUCCGUGACCAUUCGUUACCUCUCACAACACAUUGCUCGUCAUUGCCAUGGGGCAACCUAAUAUCGAAGCGCCUACACCUGGGCGAUUCCUUCACGAAUCGAAGCGGCUCAAAGUUGUACGUGUGUUCGGGAUCUGUCUAGCACUGUACUGCUUCAAUGUUGGACUCCGUAAUGCCUGGACUUUACUAGAUGACGACGAGGAGCUGCCCCGUACAUCCGUAACGUCGCCAUACGGAACCCUUCCUACACAUGACGACCCUUUUCAAUUCAUUCCCUGCACGAGCCUUACCGUGCCGCCGGCUUUAGAGAAUGCGAACCCAAACCAUACGUGGGCAUCGCUGUUUGAUGCAAAUCCCGACCAUUGGAGUUGGGGAAAUCCAGACACUAACCUGACAGUGGACCUUGAGGACCCGUACGCUGGGCGGGGCAUCUAUCUCUGUGGAUGGCUAGAUGUACCCCUCGAUUACACCAACAAGUCAGAUGAGCGCAUUAUACGGCUCUCAGUGACCAAAUAUCAAGUAUCAGGUUUGGCGCUUUUGGAUGCUUCUGUACAAAAUCCUAACGCUGGGAAGAAGAGCGAACGGACCCUUGUGGUUGAGCCUGGCGGUCCAGGCGGUAGCGGUACCAAUCUUGUUUGGCGAGCCGCCGAGGACGAUGGGAGGCGUUUCACCGAUGGCAAAUACGACAUUCUAGGAUGGGACCCUCGUGGCAUCAACACCUCGCUCCCUUCGAUUGCUUGUUGGCCAUUUGAUGCAGAUCGCGAUCGUUGGUCACUGCAACUGUCACAGUAUCGCGAAACAGUAGCAUCGCCACGCGCUCAGCUGGAGUUCGCGGAUGCUAUGCAUGAAUCAAUUUUACAUGGCUGCUGGGAAAGGCACGGCGACUUGGGAAGGUUCAUGGGCACCUCUUUUGUUGCUCGAGAUCUUGAGGAGAUCCGAAAGGCUCUGAGAGAGGAUGAACUGACGGGCUACCUUGUGAGCUAUGGAACAGGCAUCGGACAGACUUACGCCAACAUGUUUCCGGAAAGCGUCGGUCGCAUCAUUUUAGAUGGUACAGAAUACGUCCGUGACCACCGUUUACUUGCAGGUUUCGGCUGGACUGCUCUAGAUAAUGGUACCGAUGCCUGGCAUGACGGUUUUCUAGGAGAAUGUGUGAAUGCUGGUCCAAACCACUGUGCGUUGGCAAAGCCGCGCAAAGGAGAAGAUGUUACAGUGGAAGCACUCGAAGCAAGAUUGCAUGCAUUGCUUCAAAAGAUUAUCGAGCGCCCCAUUCCGGGCUAUACCAAGACCAGCGGACCAUCACUUAUCACUUAUGGUCAGCUAGUCCAGGCUCUCUAUGGUGCGAUGUACAACGCGAGGUCUUGGCCAGCGCUGGCACAAAUGCUCUAUGAGCUCGAGGGAGGAAACUCGACCCUUGCGGCGGCUUUUUUGCAAGACUGGGAAUUUGAUCCGACGAAACCAUGUCCUCUCUCGCCACCAAACCCCUCUUCGGACGAAUUAGGUCUCAUUGUUAUAUGUGCAGACGCCUGGGAUGCACCUCAGCCCGACGGACUCGACUGGUGGCUGGAACUCUGGGACAAUAUGACAACAAAAUCAUGGAUUGCUGGUAACGCUAGAUUUUUGGAUGUCUUCCCGUGCCGACACUUCGCAGACUAUUGGCCAAAACCAGCCGAGGCUUAUCGGGGCGAUCUCAACAACACACUGAAAAAUCCAGUGUUGCUGAUUGCUGAGACCUACGACCCUGCCACACCUCUUCGCAACGGGCGGCGCCUCCUCAAGGAGAUGGGGGAAAACGCUCGAUUGAUUGCCCAUCACGGUUAUGGACAUUCUUCCAGAGACAUUUCCGAUUGCACUGACGGCAUUGCCAAGGCAUACCUCUUGAAUGGCAUUGUUCCGGAAGAACAAGAGACGGCUUGCUAUGCGAACGAAAAACCGUAUCUCUACGGUGUCAAGUCAAAGAACAUCGGUAUUAUGAACACUCCCGAACAAGUCUGGGAUCCCAUCGCUGAUUGGCGGGAGCACAUGAGAGAUAUGCAGACGUUUGGGCAUGUACAGUAGAUUGUAUGAGGCAUCAAAAAUGAUACAAGUAUGAGACGCA